UUGUUUACAGGAAGUAUGACACGUUUGUUGCAUGCUGAUGACUGGUUGUAGAAGGCUUUUGCAGGUUUUUCUGUAACUCUGGGAGGAUGGCCAUGGAUAUGACUUUCCUGGGGACCGGGUCGGCUUACCCGUCUCCUCACCGCGGGGCCUCUGCUCUGGUUCUGCGGACGGACGGAGACUGUUGGCUGUUCGACUGCGGAGAAGGAACUCAGACCCAACUGAUGAAGAGCCAACUGAGAGCAGGUCGAAUCACCAAGGUUUUCAUCUCCCAUUUGCAUGGAGAUCACUUGUUCGGUUUGCCUGGUCUCCUUUGCACUGUGAGUCUCAACACCAACUCGGACCCUCAGCAGAACCUGAACUGUGUGGACAUCUAUGGGCCCCGGGGCCUCCGGCACUUUGUCAGGGUGACACUUGGCCUCACAGGAUCACAGCUGCUCUUCCCUUAUGCAGUGCAUGAGCUGGAGCCCACAUCUGACCAGAGUCCAGAGGAAGGACAGCUCAGCCAGGAGAUGACAGCAGAGAGUGGUCUGCCCCAUCCACAGGAGCAGCCAGGCAAGACAAUCACCCUGGAUGUCUCCAGUGACUCUUAUCUCCUCUUUGAAGACAAGAAGUUUGUGGUGAAAGCCUUCAGGUUGUUUCACCGCAUCCCCUCCUUUGGCUUUUGCAUUCAGGAGCGUGAUCGACCCGGAAGACUGAAAACUGAAGUACUAAAGGCACUAGGCCUGAAACCAGGACCUCUCUAUGGGCGUCUCAAAGCCGGAGAGUCGGUUACCUUACAGAGCGGCCGCGUGGUGCUGCCCAGUGAGGUACUGGAAGAAGCUAUACCAGGGCGGAAAGUGUGCAUUUUAGGGGACUGCAGCUCAGUCCUUGGGGAAGGACCGCUGAGGCUGUGCAGCGGAGCGGACGUUCUGGUUCACGAGGCCACCCUUGGGAACGAGCACCGAGAGAAAGCAGUGGACCACGGACACAGUACGCCUGAGAUGGCAGCGGCGGUGGCUCAGGCUUGCUGUGCGCGGAGACUCGUCCUGCAUCACUUCAGUCAGCGGUACAAACCGAGCUCCCUGCAGAAGGAGGGAGAUGAGGACAAUGUUUCAGAGCUCCAGAGACAAGCCGAGGAAGCAUUGCAGGACUCUGGUGUGGAAGUGAUUCUGGCUGAGGACUUUCUGAGUCUACCCAUCCCUCUCACAAGACCAAGGUAAUAGACAGCCAGUCUAGUUUUUAUAAUGCUAGUGGUGGAUUUGUUUGAAAGCAGAGCCCUAAACUGUGUGUUUUCUACGUCCUCUUGUGGUGUAAAUUGAACAAAGUACAAAUUUAGCAUUAAUGUUUUCGUCAUCCUGCGGUUUAAAUAUUACAGAUAAUAUUAAGUUUCACUCUCCACUUUUUACCAGUUUCAGUUAUUCAUUAUCCAAUUUAUCAUUUUUAUCGUAAACCCUAAAUUAGUCAAAUAAAACAAAGGAACUUUCAAAGGUCACUCAUUCUGGAGCUUUUGACCAAAUCACACAUGAAGUGUAUCUGCAGAUGGUUCAGUUAUAGUACUACAGAUGUGUAGAUUUUCCAUCAUUUGAAGCACUUUUAAGUGCUUCUGAUGAAUGUUGGCUUCAAAUCUGAGCCUGUGCAGAGUUCUCUACAAAAACAAAAGUAGACAACAUGACAACUGUAUAAAGAUCUGCUGAUUAAGACCAGGUGAUUCAGUUGAAAGCCCCAGAACAAACAAGCAUGUGGCCUAGUUGAGAUUAGUUGCAGGUUUCCUCAAGCCAAGAACGAUUUUUACAUCAUGUUGCUAAAUUUUCCUCCUGUAUAUUUAUGGGAAGUGCAGCAAGUAAAAUUGUAUCAAUUAUGACAUCAUUCAUUUAAGCCUUAAGAGUUUUUUUUUUUUUUUUUGCAAAUUUGUAAAAAUAAAGACUGUAACUCAA